CGCAAAUGCCGUUUCGUGCUCGCUGCCAUUGAAGCCGACUGAGUGCCGUUACAGGAAGCUGGGACGCUGAGACGCCGAGACGCCGAGACGACUCUGAAGCUGAAACAGAAUCAGCAGCAGCAGCAGCACCAGCAGCAGGGCGGGAGUAUCGAAGAAGUGGGAGAGAGUGAGUGAGAGAGGACACAGCAGCCAGCCAGGACGAGUGAAAUUCGAGGCACGAAACGAAUGCGCACGACCACGACCGCCAUCCGAACACACACACACAUAAAUACACUCACAGAUGGGCAUAUCCUACAGUUGAAAUACGAAACGCCUUGAGCAGAGACAGCAGCAGCAGCACCAGCAACAGCAGCAGCAGAGGCAGCAGUAGCAGCAGCGACAGCGACAGCGCAGAGACCCAAAACGCGUCAGGAUUCCAAGCAAAAGGCAGACAAACGGGCGAAACCUGCUGAGACGACUCGACGAGUCCUUGCGUGUCGGUUCACAGUGCGGAACACUAGAAAAACAGAACAGAAAAAGCAGAUAUAUACAUAUAUCCAAAUACCACUCACAUCACAUAUGAAAAAGUUCCCCCUCCACAUCCAUCAAUCAACGAAAAGCAUACGAAAUCCAAAUUGUGAAAGUCGAAACAAAGUCUAAAGGAUUUCAAACACAUAGUAUUUCCAAAUCGAAUCGAAGCCAAGUGAAGUGAAGAUAUAUUUUUCAAAUAAGUUCUUAAAAUCAUUUGUAAGUGAAUUUUAAUUGAUCGAAUUGAAAAGAGUUUGAGAAUAAACCGAUAACCGAAACCGAAACCGAUAACGGAAACCGAAAACAAAGUGCCGUACGCCGAAAGCUAUAAGAAAAAAUUCAAAAUAAAAAGUGCUAAAAGUUCCUUAAACCAAUAUAAUACAAAUAAUAUUGUUAUAACUAUAAAUUAUACAAAAAUAUACACACAAAUAUUCUUUGCAUUUUAACAAACAAACAAACAAACGAACGAAGAGAGUAGAGGAGUCCCAAGUGCCGUGGAAACAAAAGUAGUUGGAAAACUAAAGAAUUGAAAGCCCAGGGAAAUACAAGAUUCCAGAUACUAACUUAUAUACACAUUGACUUCUAUAUACAUAUAUUUAUUAUUUUGGUGGUGUGUAAUAAUUCUUCCUCGUCAGCAAAACGGCCAAGAGGAAGCGAAGCGUUCAGCCCAGGACUCCAGAAGUAGCUGUAGAGGCAGGUCUAGAACAGCAGACGAACACGGACGGGCAGCAACUAGUUGUUAGACCUGUACACCCGUACCCAUACCCGUACCCUCCUCCUUCAUCAGUCACGUCUCCUAGGUGGGAGAGCGAGCACUGUCUUACGGCGUUGUUGGGGCGUGCGAGUGUGUGUGUGUGGGGAAAGGCCAACAAGGUUCAAAUCCUCAGCAACAACCUCAACCGCAUCUAAUUGGAGAAAUUCCAACCAACAAAAACUCCAACUCCUACUCUAACUCCAACUCCGGUACUGAAAGUAGACAAUUGAUUAUUGAUUUUGUCUAAGGCUGUGUGGAACUUCGCAGCUUAACGGAGCGAAGCAGGGCCACAAAACAAACUUGGCAACAAACACGGCCCCCACGAAAGAAGGCAGCAAAAAGCAACAGCAGCGAAAGAGACAAAGAGACGUGGAAAAAAACUGGGAGAAGAAAGUGUAAGACAAAAACGCGCUGAAAGGGACGACAGCCAAACUAACGGGCCGCUUGUCUGUGUUGGGCAAUGCCAGGCCAGGCGUAGGCCGUCACAGUGUUGGGCAGCGGCGCGCGGCAUGAAGACCUACAAGAGCUUCGCUUCGAAAUUGUCAACCAAAUAGAGUAAUCAUCGCCCCAGCGACGAACCAACAGGAAAAGCCUGUAAUCUGAAGAGCAGACCUAUUUUCCCCUCCCCCGCCCUUCCAGCGACUCUGUGCCCCACCGUCGCACCCCUCUUGGACGGAACAUAUUUCGCACAUAUUCACACAGAAUCACUGCCGGGACCUGCGGGACCGGUAAUCCGUCAAAAUAAGUUGUCACAUUGAGAAACUGCGACAAAUCAACAAACGGAAAAUGUUCUUCUCGCUGGCCCAGACGCUGUUCUGCGUGCUACUCAUCCAGGGCGGCCUCUACGCGCUGCACCUGAGCGGCAAUGGCGAGAAGUCUUCGCCAUCCUCCACCGUUAUGAUGGGACCGGUGGACGGCGGCACUGGCCAAGCGAUCGGCCCAGACACCUCAUCGUCCUCCUAUUUGUCGUGGAAGCCGGCGCCGUCACAGCAGCAGCAGCAACACCAUCAGCAGCAUCCGGGUGGCGUCCCGCCGGGCGGUGGACACGCCUCCUCGCAUCGAUCCGCGGCAGCGGCCGCUUACGACGCCACCACGGUGCGGCUGAACAAGGAGAUCGCGGACAUGGCACAGCUGGAGCGGGAGCGGCUGAUGCUGCUCGCACGAGCAGGCAAGCAGACGGCGGAGAGCAACGGUCCGACGGGUCAUGGCGGUCGCGGACACCAGUUCAUUGCCGGACGCAUUCAGAUGCAGCCCAGCGAGGAGCUGGAUGUGGGCGACUAUCCGGCGCUGCUGCAGCAGGCAGCCAGGGGCUUCAUCUUCGGCAGCGUGCAGAAGGAGCCGCCUGCUCCGCUGAGCACUGAGGAGGAUUACGGGCAGCUGCAGGAGCGGGACAGCCAUCCCGUCAAGUACUACGGCCGGGUGGUGGAGCCCGCGGAUCGCGAGGAGGAGAUAGAGCCAAUCUACGAGCCCCUGCACUCCUUCGGGGACUUUGACGACUUCUCUGAGCUGGACCAGGAGCCGCAUCUCGGCGAGGAGGAGCUGCUGCGCGAGCUGGACACCUAUCAGUACCACGGCAUGGAGGAGGAGCCGCUGCCGGAGAAUCCCUAUCGCACCCUGGAACAACUGGAGCUGAGUGCACCCGAGUCCAUGCAGCAGCUGUUCGAGCAGGAUCACCGCGACGGGCGUCCGGCCAAGUUGGCUGGUCACCCGGGCCUAUCCCAUCCCGGAACUGGAAACUUCAACAUUCGCAUGCAGCAGAAGUGGGCCAGGAAGCGGGGCGGAGCCGCAGUGGGCGUCGGACCGGACAGGCAGCCCUCGCUACAGCGCAACAUCUUCGGGCAGCACUUCAAGCAGCAGCGUGGAAUGCUCUCGCUGGCCAACUCGGAGGCCACGGCCAGCAAGCAUCUGAAGGCGAGUACACGUUCUGGCAGCCUCAGUCUCAGUGCUCCCAAGGAUAAUGAAAAGACAGCCCAGACAGACGCAAGUGGAGCAGCCGUCGGAGACGGUGCUGCCUCUGGUGCUGCCAGUCAGCAGCAGAACAAACAGCAGCACGAAUCCACAUCUGGAGAUGCUCAACCGCAGCAGCAGAAGCAGCAGCAGUCGAAUUCGCAGGACAAGAAGUCCGAGUCCGAGCAACAGUUGCUGCAUCCCAACCACAAGCGUUCCGGCAGCGUAAAGGCCGGCGGAGUGGGUGCCCAGGGCGGCGGAUAUGCAGCAGCGCCAUCGGUCUCCCAUAGCGUAGCCAGUCAGUUGAUGCUGCGCACGGCACGCGGCCAGAGGCAGUACGAUGUGCCACAAAUCGAGUGUCCCACCGCCAUGGAUGGCAUGGAGCGAUUCGCCUGCCCCGUACCCGACCGACAGGGACGGUACCGCUGCAUAGACGAUCAUGUGCUGUGCGACGGCUUUAUCGAUUGUCCCGACGGCGAGGAUGAGGACCGAAGAUCCUGCAUGUUCUACAAGACGACGAAGGCACAUUUGGAUGUGUUAGCGGAUGCAUUACUGCGAUGGGCGCGAGGGCGUUAGGUUCCAUCCCCAGCCCACCCGCUCACACAAACAAUCUGAGAAUAACACACAGACAAACACACACACACACUCAAUACAAAAUACAACUAAAGAACCCACGUUAAUCAUAAAUGACUUGCAAUUAGUUUUAACAAUUUCCAAAUCGAGGAAGACCCUUUCCCCCUUUAAACCACAAACACACACACACAACUACACACAUACAGAGAAAAGCCAACCACAACCCCGCCUGUCCCAUGAAGAGAGCAGGUUCCCCCCAGACCCAUAGACCUCACAGAAAAAAACGUAAGAAAGAAAAAAAAAAUACGAAAGAAUGAACUUGCUGCCUGUAAAAAGCCUGCACGGAUUUCCAAGUAAAGUAGAGAAACCAUGAGAGAAACUAAGUAAAACAAACGAAACGAGACGAGACGAGUCGAGUCGAGUCGGCGAUUAUGCAUAAGGAAAAGGUAUGAUUAUUAUUACACUAUUAUUAUUAAUUAUCAACUAAAAGGAAAAGCAAAACCAAAAUGAAAAUGAAAACGAAAACGACAAAAAAAGAACCGUGGAACGAAAGCCGAAACCAAGCGGCCGAUCGAAUCCUAAAAGCUAUAAAAUAUUAGAAUUCAACCAAAAAGAUAAAAAAAGGAGAAGACUUUUUUCAUUAUUUUGAAUUUUUUUUUCGCGAGAGCAAAACAAAAAAAAAAAUGAAAGAAGAGAAAGGAAAAAGAAAAACCUAAAUCAGGCCUAACUAUUUUUAGUACAUAUUAA